ACUAAGUGAAGUGGUGCAUUGCAGCACAUGAGAUAGGGUCUGUGCUGAUGCAAACUCUUCACUGCCUUUCUGAACGGUCUGUCUGAGAAGUCAUAGGCAUGGCCCCCUCCUAUGCAGAGCCAGAAUACUACUCCUGGUAGCUGAUAGUAGAGAGAAUCCUAGGGGCUUGAAGGGAAGCUGGUGUAUCAGGUUGUGGCUGCAGGAACAAAGUGCAUCAGGAGGCAGAAGAUGCUGUAUUCCAGCCUUCAUUCAUCCAUACCACGGCCCAGGGGUCAGCGGGCCCAGCAAGCAGCUUUGGUGUUGCUGGCAGCCUGCCUGGUGGUUCUUUGGGGGCUUGGGGAGUCCCCAGUCCACACUCUCCGUUGCCUGGUACUCUACUUAGCUACUCUACAGUUUGAACUGCUGUUGAAAAGGAUUUGCUGUCUGGCUGAAGAGGUGUGUCACAUUCAGUCCAGGUACCAAGGAAGCUACUGGAAGGCUAUAAGGGCCUGUUUGGGAUGCCCCAUUCGCCAUGGAGCCCUGCUGCUGCUGUCCUGUUAUUUCUACCCAUCCCUCCGAAACAUCACUGGCCUGUCCCUCGGCUGGGUGCUUGUCAUUUUGGUCCUCUCACAGGCUCUGAGCAUCCUCCUGGGCCUUCAGAGCCUGACUCCAGUUGAGAUCUCAGCAGUUUCUGAAAAAAGGAACCUUAAUGUGGCCCAAGGGCUGGCAUGGUCGUAUUACAUAGGGUACCUGAGGCUGAUCCUGCCAGGGCUCCAGGCUCGGAUCCAAACUUACAAUCAGCUCCAUAACAACAUACUACAGGGUGCAGGAAGCCAAAGGUUGUACAUCCUCAUCCCAUUGGACUGUAGGGUACCUGAUGACCUGAGUGUGGCUGAUCCCAACAUCCGAUUCCUGCACAUGCUGCCCCAGCAGAGCAUUGACCGUGCUGGCGUCAAGGGGAGGAUUUACUCCAACAGUGUCUAUGAGCUUCUGGAAAAAGGGCAGCCAGCAGGCACUUGUGUCCUGGAGUAUGCCACACCGCUGCAGACUCUGUUUGCCAUGUCACAAGAUGGUAGAGCUGGCUUUAGCCGGGAGGAGCGACUGGAGCAGGCCAAACUCUUCUGCCGGACACUUGAAGACAUCUUGACUGAUGUUCCUGAAUUUCAGAACAACUACCGCCUCGUUGUAUAUCCAGAACCUGCAGAGGGAAACAGCUUCUCACUAUCCCAGGAGGUUCUCCAGCACCUGCGGCAGGAGGAGAGAGAGGAGAUUACCGUGAGAAGCUUCCAGACCUCAGUGAUGCCUCCUUAUUCCGUGCUGUCCCAAGAACCCAAGCUCCUCAUCAGUGACAUGGAACAGCCCCUCCCACUACGCACAGAUCUCAUCUGAGGCCCAGGGCAUCUCUCCUGACUCUCAGGACUCCCAAGACUGAUCUGAGUGCUUCUUUUAGUGGCUGGAGUCCCAGCAGUUAUUUUUUCCCACUUUACAGAGAAGGUCCCUGAACUUGACAUCUCUAGAAAAGUCCUACAUUUCUUGGGCAAGUCAAUUCUUUCUGAGCCUUAGUCUCCUCUGUGAUGUAGGAUUAUAACUGCUCCUCCGGCCACCUCCACAGGAGUGUUGUAAAAGACUAUAUAUGUGUAGGGUGUUUUAUAAACUAAGGGCCAGUUAAACUUAAAGCAUGUGCCAGGCUUGUCCCAUUGGCUAUCUAGGCCUCCUCUACCUUGAGCUGACCUAUCUACAUGGUAUCAACAAACUCCCUUUGUCCUCAAGCUUCUGGACAUGUUGGCUCAAUGGGGAGGUCCAGCAAGAGACUGGGGAGAAGGAGAGAUGUAGCCAGGGUAUUUAUUUCCCCUGCUCCCUUCCUGAGUAUCAAAGUCACUGUGGGUUCUCCUGCCAGGUAACCUUCACAGUAAAUCCUCUCUCUAGGUUUCUGGCAGAGCUUCUAGCAAUGCUAUUGGUUCUCCAUUGGAGAACUGCUGUUUGUUUGUUUUUGUCGGGCUUGGGGCCUGAACUCUGGGCCUGGGUGCUAUCCCUGAG